AAGGUUACCAUAGAAACUGGUCAACAACUUCACUGUUUUGUGAGCAUUAGCAAUGAUGUAGUGCUCCGUCAUUCACUCAUCGGUUCACGGAAUUGCCCACCCGUUCCGCAACAAAGAAUCGCCUGUGACUGAUGUCUGACAUACGUUUCUUAUCGUCUCGACAAUCUACUAGUUGCGGCAAUAUCUCAAGGUCCUGACUACGAGCCGGCGUGACAAAUUUGUGCAACAUGCCGCCACACCAGUGCAUCGCUGUUAUAGUAUGCACUCUCUUCUCUGUCACAGUGCUGGCUGAUGAAAGACGCGUGCACGGAAGAGGAAACCCCAAAGAUCCCCGUCGUUAUCGCUUGAGUGAACUACUGAGACCAUUCAGGGGGGACUUUGGAUACGAAGGAGAACAUGGUCCUGUCCAUUGGCCGAGUACGUUCCCUGAAUGCGGUGGCAGAGCGCAGAGCCCCUUGGACAUCCCCAUGAGUCAAACCGAGUCCCUCGAUAUCCAGGCACCCCUGGAGGUCCCAGAUUUCAUGUGGUCUCCAUAUCAAUUUAAGAUAUUGAAUAAUGGCCACACAGUGCAGCUGCAGCCAGUGGACACAGCCUCCGUGGAGAACACGGUCCUACGAGGCGGUCCGCUGACGGGCGAGUACCAGUUUCUCCAGCUGCACUUCCACUGGGGUGAGAGCGACGAUAUGGGCAGCGAGCACGCUGUUGAUGGCUCCUACUAUGCUAUGGAGAUGCAUAUGGUAUUUUCAAGAAAAGCAGCACGUGGCAAGGAGAAUUCCUAUAGGGAACAUGGUGAUGCAGCAGUACUGGCGGUCUUCCUGGAGCUGGCUGACGAUAACAACCCUGCGCUAAGGCCCGUGGUGUCACACCUGCAACAACUGCAGGAGGUGGACUCCGAGGUGCAGCCACAGAUGUCUAUGUCUACCGCAAAACUGGUUCCUGAAGAGCGGGGCAGCCUGCUGGUGUACAAUGGGUCGCUCACCACGCCACCGUGCUCGGAGACCGUCACCUGGAUCAUCUUCCGUCAGCCGAUCACCGUCUCUUCCAAUCAGGUGGAAGCCUUCAGGAGAGUGAAGUCCCCACAUGGACAGCUGAGAAAGAACAGAAGGCCGGUGCAGCCGCUGAACGACCGGACUGUGUACACAGUGUCUCCGAACCGCAAGUUCACGGAGAGUGCCACAGCUCGCAGUGUGUCUCCAGAGCCCAGGUUCAGGCAGACCACCACACGCUCCGGGCUGUUCUUCCUGUGUGCGCUGCUACUGCACUCCGUGCGCUACCUCUAGCAAAGAACAUCAAACAAGCAGCCAAUAAAAAUUACGUGCUGAGGCUCACAAAAACUCAGUUUCCACAGUGCAGUCUGCUACGUAUCAGGGGUGCAGUUUGCCCACAAUCAAUCACUCAAGGCAGCGACUGUGCCUGUAUGGCUGAUUUAUAUCUAAUCCGAUAAACUGCGGGAAGAGAAAUUAGUACACCCUUUUAGAGAUUAACAACUCACUCAAAGUAUAUUGUUGCAACAGUUCAUAUGGAGUGCAUGAAAUGCCGAGACUUGCGUAUCAAUAGCACAAGCAGUUCUGAGUUAUCAGGUAGGGAAACUCGGGGCGGAACGGGAUACUUAAUGUUAAGCAAUUUGUAUAAAAUAAGAAAACACAAGCAAACACUUCUUAAAGUCAUAAAAAAACACCUUGUAGUGUAAUCUAAUGUACCUUAUUUUAAAAUCACAUGAAACAAUACAUUUUGCAUUUUUUUACAAUUUUUCAAAUAAAGUCUUGCAUAUUUCCCGUUCCGUCCCACCCAAGGGGCAGAAUGGGAUAAGGUUAUUUUUUGUUAAAUUAUUGCAUAAACAUUGAAUCUGAAUUAAGAAUAUCGUAUUAAACUGUGACAAAAUGUUGUAUAAAAGGCAAUUCAGACUAAGGAAUGUGUUAUUUAAACAAUUAAAAAAUCAUUCUUCUAAAUAAGAAAA